GCUAUGGAGAUGGAGGAGAGGUGGAUAUAGCGGCCCGGUGUCUGAGCUUUUACCUUUUACCGAGCCCGGUGGAUAUAGAGCUGUGAGACCCAUUGCUAUAGUCACGUCCUUGUCAAGGGACCUGGGCUCUAAAGGACGUCGGCAUAGAACGACCCUCAACUCGUGCCAACGACUAUCCAAGGGGUGUAGCUGUGCCCCAGCUACCUACCUCUCCUGUUUGGGAUCUGUGGCACUCGGGCAUCAACAUGCCUCACAAGAUUGGAUUUGUGGUGGUAAAUUCCUCCGGGCAUGAAGACGGUUUCAGUGCCAAAGAGUUGAUGGUUCAUGCUCCUACUGUUAACGGUUGGAGAUCGCCAAGAUUUUGCCAAUAUCCUCAAGAAAUUGUGAUUCAGAUGGUGGAAAGAUGUCGUAUUCGCAAACUCCAGCUUCUUGCUCAUCAGUACAUGAUAUCCUCCAAAAUCGAAUUUUACAUUUCUGAAAGUCUGCCAGAAUAUUUUACUCCAUAUCAGACUGAACGGUUCCGAAGAUUGGGUUACGUAUCCCUAUCUGAUAAUGAAAAAACAAGUUACAAAGCACGGGAGUUGAAAUCUGUGUAUGUCGAUGCCGUUGGACAGUAUCUGAAGCUGAUUUUUCAUAAGAAUUUUGCAAACCGAUAUAAUCUGUAUAAUCAGGUUGCUCUCAUUGCAAUUAAUAUCAUUGGUGAUCCUGUCGACUUUGGAGAAGAGAAUAACACUCCAACCAGAGAGAAGAUUAUUGAUCAGUACCUUGGAACUAGCUCUGAUGACUCGGCUCUGGAUUCGUCAUAUGUUGGAAAGCCUGAUGCAAUAUCUCCCCUGGAUGAUUUGGCAUUUGAUAUGUAUCAAGAUCCCGAAGUGGCACAAAUAAUCCGUAAGCUGGAUGAGAAAAAGAUUGAGGCUGUCCGUCAUGAACGCUAUGACUAUGCCAAAAAGCUCAAGCAAGCCAUCGCUGAUCUUCAAAAGGUUGGAGAACAUCUUGGUCGUUAUGAGGUGGAAAAGCGUUGUGCUGUGGAGAAAGAAGACUAUGAUUUGGCAAAACAAAAGAAGCAGCAAAUGGAGGAAUAUAGGCAGAAAGUUUAUCAGCAGUUAGAACUCCAUGAUCUUCUCGAUAUCGCUUUGAUUAGAAGAGCUCCUGAAACAUAUCUUGAUCCAUUGGAUCAUUCAACUAGCCCACAACGGCAUACAACUUCUGUUUCGCCCCAACCCAAUAAGGAAAAAAGUACAGAGAAGAAGCCUAAGCGAGAUCGUCAAGUGGUGGCAGAGAAGGCGAAAGUUAUCUCUCCUAAACCAAUUCCACAGCCACGUUCCCCCACUCCUCCUCCAGCACCAUCUCCAGUCCAAGCUGUCCCAAGCAUAAAUAUCGAUGCACUACCUUAUGAUGAACGACCACUUCCAGCCCAGAGGAAACUUAAAGAUGAUGCGUUUGCUUAUGCUGAGCCAGAGUCAUUUGAGGAAACUGCUGUAGAUACUCCAAGGACAAGGAUUACUGGAGAACCAGAGCCUCUGACUGAAAAAGCGUUGAGAGAAGCCACCUUUGCCAUUGAAGUGUUUGGCGAGGCUUUGGUUGCUGGAGCUUAUUCCAAGACAUGGUCUUACAGAGAAGAUGCCCUUGUUGCAGUGUACAAGAAACUGUCAGACAUGCCUACUGAAACAUCAAAGGAUGACUUGAGGAACAUGCUCCGUGCAGCAAUAUUCCUUAUCCGUAGAGCCAUCAAAGACAAAGUUUUUUCAGUUUUCCAAGCUUCGUUAAGUCUCCUGAAAAUGAUAAUCACUCAUUAUAUUCCGAAGCACAAACUUGGCAAAUCAGAAACCACGCACUGCGUGGAAAAGACUCUCCCAGACCUGCUGUCACGGACGGGUGACUCUGCUACACGUCACCGGUUAAUUUCAUCCAAUUUUAUUCAGGAAAUGGCCCUUUUCAAAGAAGUUAAGCCUCUGCAAAUUAUUCCAGUUAAUUUGAUUCAGCCAUUGAAGCCAACAGCACCUUCCCGCUUGGCACUCAGUCAGAUUGAAUUAGUGGAGACCCUGGUCACAGAACUAGGACUAGAGAACACCGGAUUUACAAUUGACAACGUCAUGAAAUUUGCAAUAGGUGCCCUGGAUUAUACAACAUCAGAAGUGCGGGAUAAAUCCGUCCGAAUAAUUCUAUACCUCUACAAGCAGCAUCGAAGCCAAGUACUGGAAUAUAUGCCUACAGACGAUUCUAGCACGCGAAAAAACAUUUUAUACAAGACUCUAUAUGAUGGAUUCGCCAAAAUUGAUGGCAGGCCCACAGAGUCUGAACUUAAGGCGCAGAAAAAAGCUGCUGCAGAGGAGGCUGAAAGGCAAAAGAAAGAGGAGAUCCGUGCUCUCCAAGAACAGCUGACGGCUCUAAAAGAAAUGCAAGCAGAAGUCCAAACUGGGAAGAUAAAAGAUAUUAAUAUGCAAAAAGCUAAACUAGAUGAACGUGGGAAAAAGGCAGCCUUGACCCUGAAUACAGAAAUUACAGAUGACCAAUCUUCAAAUUACAUGGAUAACUUAUGCAUUUUUUGUGGAGAGAGAGAUGACGCAUUUACAGAAGAAGGCUUGGAUUUGCAUUACUGGAAGCACUGCCCCAUGCUGAAACGAUGUGAGCAUUGCAAGCAAGUUGUUGAAAUUGCAAGUUUGACUGACCAUCUUUUAACCGAAUGUGAUCAGAAAGAUUCAUUUGGCAAAUGUCAGCGCUGCUCAGAAGCCAUUUCCAAAGAGCUCCUCGUGGAGCAUGUAAAAGCCAAGACGUGUAACCCUACUAAAGGAGAAAAGGUUGCCAAUCGGUGUCCAUUGUGCCAUGAAAAUUUCAAGCCCGGAGAAGAGGCUUGGAAAUAUCAUCUCAUGGGAAAAGAUGGGUGCAAAAUGAAUCCUCGUAGGACCCAGGCCCUUCAAAGAACACAGCUAGCAUCACAUGCAGCCAUUAAAGUGGGCGGAUCAACCAUAACCAAACCAGGAGCCACCGGAGCAAAACAACGCGCUCCCACUAUUGGGAGCAAAAUUCCAGCCCCAAGAGCCGGAUUGAAUAAAAUCACAAGCAAAGCACAGCCAAAACGAUGACUCCAGUGACACUGGCUAGUCUUCCUAAAGUGUUGUCGUACCAAUAUUAGUUUACUCUAAUAUUAUAUCCCGCACGCAUUAGGUGUAGUCACUUUUCCACAGAUGUCUAUCAUUGCAACUAGAGCUUUUAUGAGCAAUAUACAAUCAUUAUCUUGUAUUUCACUCAGUUCACAAGAUUUAUUAUAUACUCAUUGUUGGGAAAAAAAACCACCUUGUUCAGUGAUAUUCCCAUGAUUUUGUAAGCCUGACAUAACCUAGAAGUACAUUAGGUGUUUGGUAUGUGGACCACACAUUAGUAAUUAAUUUAUAUUUCAUACAGAUUUUUUUUUGUUUAUUUUGCUGAAAAUCUGUAUCCCUAUAUAAAAGGACGUUUGCUGAAAUUUUUUUAUGAUUGUGGAAAUAGUUUUAUUUGUCAAGAUAUAUUUUAAUCCCUCAAUAUGGCAUGUGGAA